AUGCUUCUUCUUCUUUACAAGCUUUGGUUCUUCUACUCCUCCUCCCACUGUCAAUUUACUAUUUUCUUUUCCCCUUCUCCUCCUCCUCCUCCCCCUCCUCCUAUUUUACCUCGAUUUUCCUUUCUUCUUUUCUAUCAUUUUCUUUUUUGCUUAACGUUUCUAUUUUCUUUUUUAUUGCUUCUUUCUUCUUCUUCUUUUUCUGCUGUUGCUGUUACUGUUGUUUCUUCUUCUUCUUCUUCUUCUUCUUUCUCUAAAUUUCUUCUAUCUUUCCUCGUUUCCAUCACUUCUUCAUACACUCUUCUUUAUAUUUAUUAUUUCUUUUUUCAUUCUUUUUCAAACAUUCAUUUAUUCUUUCCCUCCCUCCUCCCUCCCUCUCUCAUUCUCUCUAUCAUAGACACACACUCUUUCUCACCGACACACACCCACCCACGCACCAUUUUCUGUCUCUCCUUCCUUCUCUUCCAUUCAAUUUCUCUCUUUUUUUCUUUAUCAUCUUCAUCUUUCGCUCACUCUUUCACUCUCUAUUUUUCUCUCUCUGUAUUUUCUCUCUCUCUCUCUCCGUCCCCAACCUCUUUCUUUAUUUCUCUCUCUCUCUCUUCCAAUUCUCUCUCACUCUUUCUUUCUUUAUCUUCUCAUUUCUCUGCUUUCUUUUUCUCUCCCCUCGUUUCCUUCGCUCCCCUCAUUCAACUCUCGCUCUAUUCCCCCCUCUCUCUCUCUCUCUCUCUCUCUCUAUCUAUCUAUCUAUCUAUCUCCUCCAUCUUCCGCUCUCUUUUUCUCUGUGUAUAUUUUUCUCUUUCUCCUUAUUCCCCUCUCUUUCCCCCCCCUCUCUCCCCUCAUUCCACUCUCACUCUCUUUUCCCCUUCUCCAUCAUCUUCCGCUCUCUCUUUCUCUCUGUAUUUUUCUCUCAUUCCCCUCUCUCUCUCUUCAUUCCUCUCUCCCUCUCCUCAUUACUAUCUCUCUCUUUCAAUCCUCUUCACUUUCUUUCUCUCUCUCUCUCUCUCUCUCUCUCUCUCUCUAAGGUUUCUGUUUUACAUAGCUGAAUUGUCUUUCCUUUCUUUCUUUCUUUCUUUCUUUCUUUCUUUCUUUCUUUCUUUCUUUCAUUCUUUCUUCUUUUCUUUAUUUUCUUUUGACUUUUCUUUCUGUUUUCUUUCUGGGUUUUUUUUCCCUACAUUUUCCCUUAAUUUAUUCAUUCUCCCCCAACGCUAUCUUUUAUUUAAUUUCUUUCCUUCUUUUUCUUUCUUUUUAACUAACCGGUAUUUUUAUUUUUUGCUUUUCCCCUUUCUUUUUACUUUUCAUUUAUUCAUUCAUUUUCAGUUUUCCGCUGUUUUUCUUCCCUCCUCCUUUUCUUUCUUUACUUUAUUCUUUUUUUCUCUCCACUUUUUACCUUUCUGCUUAAUAGUUCCCCCGCUUUAUAAAAACAACAAGCACGUAUUCGCUUUCCUCUUUCUUUUUUUUAUCCAUUUUUGUCAUUCAUUUUACAUUCACCUGAUAUGUUUAUUCCCUUAUUUUCAUUUGUCUUAA